AUGCACCUCACCAUAGAGACGACUGGGCAUCAAGACCCCGGGACCCUUGUCCAAGGACUCUUCGUCGGAGAAAUAAAAAUGGCCAACCAGAAACACUUUGCGGUGCGGGAAAAAAGAGAGAAAGUCCAGGUUCAUGGAACCAUCGGCAAAAAAGGCCGACCUGGACUUAUGACGAGGGAUGAUGGCUGGAGAGAGAGAGAGGGGAGAGAAAGGGGGCCCGACGCGGGGAGACAACUUUUUUUCCCUUUUCCCUGUGCACAGGUUCCUGCGAGUUUUUUCUCCUACGACAGAUCCCUAGACGAUGUCGCGCGUCCGUCUGUUGAGACGGGCCUGAACCCGACUCGAUAUCCUCGUUCACGCAGGGCGAGAGUUCCGACGGCCGCGCGCGCGCGUGCACGUUCUGGAUUAGAGCAAGACGACGACGACAGAAAGGCAUUGUAG